GGGCGGCUGCUCCGGCGGGGCCUGCGCGGGCAGCGGCGCGUGCGCGGCGCGGGGCGGGGCGGCGCUGACGCCGGGGCGGCGCUGACGGAGCGCCCGGCGCGGCCCGGCCCGGCGCGGCCCCGAGGGCGAUGGCGGCCGCGGGGGGCGGCCCGGGGGCGCCCGCGGAGACGCCACCCACCACCGCCGCGGGUGUCGCCGCCGCCGAGGCCGGCGCGGUGUUGCAGCGGGAGCCGCUGUACAACUGGCAGGCCACCAAGGGCUCGCUGCGGGAGCGCUUCGCCUUCCUCUUCUCCAACGAGCUCCUCAGCGACGUGCACUUCGUGGUGGGCAAGGGCAGCGCCCGCGGCGGCGGCGGCGGCGGCGGUGGGGCGGCGCCCCCCGGGCCCGGGCAGCAGCGCAUCCCCGCCCACCGGUUCGUGCUGGCGGCCGGCAGCGCCGUGUUCGACGCGAUGUUCAACGGCGGCAUGGCCACCACCUCGGCCGAGAUCGAGCUGCCCGACGUGGAGCCCGCCGCCUUCCUGGCGCUCCUCAGGUUUCUUUAUUCAGAUGAAGUUCAAAUUGGUCCAGAAACAGUCAUGACUACUUUAUACACUGCUAAAAAGUAUGCAGUCCCUGCCCUGGAAGCACAUUGUGUGGAUUUCCUAACAAAGCAUCUCCGAGCAGAUAAUGCCUUUAUGCUGCUUACUCAAGCUCGUUUGUUUGAUGAACCUCAGCUUGCUAGUCUUUGUCUGGACACAAUAGACAAAAGCACCAUGGAUGCCAUAAGUGCAGAAGGCUUUACAGAUAUCGACAUAGACACAUUAUGUGCAGUUCUAGAAAGGGACACGCUCAGCAUUCGAGAAAGUCGGCUCUUUGGAGCUGUUGUUCGCUGGGCAGAAGCAGAAUGUCAGAGACAACAACUGCCUGUGACAUUUGGGAACAAACAGAAAGUCCUUGGAAGAGCUCUUUCCUUAAUCCGUUUUCCACUAAUGACUAUUGAAGAGUUUGCAGCAGGCCCUGCUCAGUCUGGAAUCCUGUCGGAUCGGGAAGUAGUAAAUCUCUUUCUGCACUUUACUGUCAAUCCCAAGCCUAAAGUUGAUUAUAUUGACCGACCCAGGUGUUGCCUUAGAGGAAAAGAGUGCAGCAUAAACAGGUUCCAGCAGGUGGAGAGUCGCUGGGGCUACAGCGGAACCAGCGACCGCAUCAGGUUCACAGUUAACAGAAGAAUUUCUAUAGUGGGAUUUGGAUUAUAUGGAUCUAUUCAUGGACCCACAGACUAUCAAGUUAAUAUACAGAUAAUCGAUUAUGAGAAGAACCAGACGCUGGGACAGAACGACACUGGAUUCAGCUGUGAUGGAACAGCCAGCACCUUCAGAGUUAUGUUCAAGGAGCCCAUAGAGAUCCUGCCCACGGUUUGCUACACUGCUUGUGCAACCUUGAAAGGUCCUGAUUCCCACUAUGGAACAAAAGGUUUGAAGAAAGUGAUCCAUGAAUCUCCUACUGCUAGCAAAACAUGCUUUGUCUUUUAUAGUUCACCAGGUAACAACAAUGGUACAUCAAUAGAAGAUGGACAGAUACCAGAAAUAAUAUUUUAUACUUAGUUUCACAUGAUGAUCUGGAAUGUGUUGGUGUCUCAGUGGACUUCAGAUCACUAUUGGCAGCAGUUAAAAAAAUUCUGUUAAAUUACUUAAAUGUGUAAAAAGAAAAACUAAUUUGUUUGAGGGGUACCAGAAAAGCUAUUUUUUUUUCCGCAUCGUUAUUGGUAGAUUGUAAUUUAGUUUUUCCUCUAAACAAAAUGUUAAUGGAAUAAGUACUCUGUAUAUUGAAAAGUUUGUUUUAAGUAGUACCUUGUGGUUAAUUGCUUUGUGUUUUCACCCCUUUGUUUCUCAUGUAGUAAAAUUCAUUUUUUGAACUGGAAAAUCCUUACUUGUUAUGAACAACUUGUGUAUGUUUUCUCCAAUCUGUCCUUAAAAGACAGUAAAGCUGCUGCUGUAGUCCCAUCUUGCACUUCUUUCCAAAAUGACCUUGGAUUGACCCUAUGGACAUGGAUUGCUACUGUAUUUUUUUGAAAUACGUCGGCAAAGCUGCAUUCAUAUUGCCAUCAUCUUGACUUUUUCCAAGAGCCAUGGAGAAUUAAUGGACUUUGCACUGCAGAGAACAUCUGCAGCAGCGCUGAAGAAUAAAUAUCAAGUCAAAUUCAGCAAGAAACAGAUCUUUCCCGAAUCUGUCUUAAUUCAGAAGGGCUGUUUUGGAAUAUAGAACUGGUUAUGCAAAUAGCCACUGUAUAUAUACAUAUGUGCCUAUAAAAGAUGUAUAAUGUGAAAAUGAGAAUAUGAGACUUGUAAUGAUGUUAUUUUAUCACUGGAUAUUCUAGUACUAAAAAUAUUAGUAUAAAUCUAAGGAUUAUUGGUGUGCAAGGAGUUUUACAGAUUGCAUACAAUCAUUUGAUGCAAAUGCUGUAUGUACAUAGUAUUCAGUGCUUUGCAGUAUGUACCAUGUAGUAACAGAAUGGCUUGGUGUACAAAGACCUGUAUCCUCUCCCACGUCAUACUAAAAUUUAAGAAUGCAGGAGAAAAAA